AUGAACAUUACUUCCAAGGCUACCCAGGCCACAAGCUCUCAUACCAAAGCCCUGUGGAGCAGAAAGAAUGUUCCUCGACCAGACGAUAUGAUCAACAUUAUAAAGGAUGUGUUCCAAUCUCCUAAAGAAUUAAGCACUGCUGCAACAUCGGCAGUCAAUAUGCAAGGCAACAAGGUCGCGGAGGACGCACACUAUGUGAACAAGAAACCAACCUGUAGCAGCGCACGCACACUGAGAUUUGAUGGAGCAAGCGACGAUCAUGACAUCUAUACGAAGAAAAGUAGUGAGAAGCCUGUACACCAGGGCAAUAACAGGAUCCGAAACUACAUCUUCCAUUCAAUUCCGAACGUGUUCACAACCGGACUUCGACCUACAAUCGCCAUGAUCGACAUACCCGUCAGCGACCUCUGGGGCAAGCUGUCAAAUUACCUGGAUCCUCUUCCUUUCUUCUGUUAUUAUCAUCCUGAUCACGGCCACAUCGACAUAUGCCUCUUAUUCUCGUCCAACGUCGAGCGCAUUGACAUCGACCUCUGUGUCUCUCCAUCAAAUCCAGAGUCUCUCAACGACACCUCCGGCAUGGCCGCAUUCUUCAACUAUUAUUUUCAACUUUUUCGCAAGAUCUCUUACAAAGAUUCAGAAGACUAG